AUAGUUUAAGAUUUUGAUUUGGUUUAAUCUGAAUUAGUUGUUCAUAAGUUCUUAUGCACAACAAGACAAGUGAAAGGACUUACAGGGCUUUGGUUCCAGUUUUCUGUAAUGGGUCGUGCUCGAGCCAUUGGUGCGUUUGCGGUGCUUGUGUUAGUCCAGUUCUUUGUUAUUGCAGCAGAGGCAAACACUCAGGAAUAUGGUUACAUGCAGAUUCUCAUGGAUGAGUGGAAUAUAAAACCUCCUAGUUGGGUGAGUGCCGAUCCUUGUGACGGCUGGGAAGGUAUUAAGUGCACCAAUUCACGCAUCACUGCCUUAGUGUUGGCAGACAUGGGUUUGAAAGGCCAGCUACCGACUGAUAUCGAGUUGUUAUCUGAGCUACAAAUUCUGAAUUUAUCUUUCAACAAGGGCCUGACAGGACAACUUCGAGCUUCAAUUGGAAAAUUGACGAAACUAGUACACUUAAACCUGGUUGGUUGCAGUUUCUUUGGUCCUAUUCCAGACGCUAUAGGAUCUCUAACGAAGCUGUCUUACCUAUCUCUGAAAAACAAUAGUUUCAGUGGGCCAAUUCCGCCUUCCAUUGGUAAUCUGGCCAAUCUUACUUUUAUAGACCUAUCUGACAACAAGCUUCAGGGAUCCAUCCCAGUCUCUAAUGGGACUACACUUGGUCUUGAUAAGUUACUUAAGGCGAGACACUUUCAUUUUGGGAACAAUCAGCUCUCGGGCCCAAUUCCACCUCGACUUUUCAGCUCAACGAUGGCCAUGAUACAUUUAAUUUUUGACAGAAACAAUCUAAGUGGUAGCAUCCCUUCAACUGUUGGACUUGUUCAGACAUUGCUGGCGGUACGCCUGGAUGGAAAUUCAUUAAGUGGGAGUGUGCCUUCGAGCCUCAACAACCUUACUAAUGUGUCUGAACUGCACUUGUCCAAUAAUAUGCUGACUGGCCCUAUGCCCAACCUUACUGGCAUGAAUUCCCUCAACUAUGUGGAUUUGAGCAACAAUACUUUUGCUGUGUCGGAGGUUCCUACCUGGUUUUCUACCUUGAAGCUUUUGACAACAUUAAUGAUGGAAAACACGGGGCUUCAGGGAGAAGUUCCUCGUGCCCUCUUUGGCUUUGGGAAUUUGGAGACAGUGGUACUGCGGAACAACCUUCUCAGUGGCUUAUUGGAUGUUGGCAACUCCAGCAACCAGUUGCAACUAAUUGAUCUGCAGCGGAACUUCAUUACUGAACUUGCACCAAGCAAGGAAGGAUCAAACUACACAUUGAUACUGGUUAAUAAUCCAAUUUGUGAGGGGAGUCAGACUAAUAAUUACUGCAUUGUUUCUCCAACUAAUGCACCAAACGAAAUGUCACCAACUUUAAGUAACUGUACAGCUGUUGCUUGUCCUUCAGGCCAGGUUUCUUCCCCCAACUGUAAAUGUGCAUCUCCCUACAGAGGAACUCUAGUCUUCAUAUUUGUUUCUUUCUCAAAUUUGGGAAACUUUAGUUAUUACAGAGAGCUUGAGAAAGCUAUCAUGAAAAGUUGUCAGUCCUUUAACCUCCCCGUGGAUUCAGUUUCUCUGGGCCGUCCUUCCUGGGGUUCAUCUUUUCAUCUUGAGCUAGUCAUAGAAGUCUUCCCAUCUGGUGAUCAAGUGCGCUUCAACCAAACAGGAGCUUCAGCUAUUGCUUCUGUUUUAAGCAACCAGACUCUCGAAGGGCGUCCAAUAUUUUUUGGACCCUACUCUGUGUUUUAUCCUUCCGGUAGCUCUGGAGGAUCAAAUAAGGGACUGAUAAUUGGUGCAUCCAUUGGUGGUUCUGUGCUUCUGUUAUUAAUAGUCCUUGUAGGGUUUUAUGCUCUCUACCAAAAGAGGAGAGGAGACUCGCCAUCACGUGGAUCAAUCCUCAUGCAGACAGGGGUUUCAAAUGUCAGUGGUCCACAGUUAAAAGGAGCAAGGUUGUUCUCUUUUGAAGAGCUGAAGAAAUAUACAAACGGUUUUUCAGAAGAAAAUGAUAUUGGAUCUGGGGGUUAUGGCCAGGUGUAUCGGGGAACUCUUCCUAUGGGCCAAACGGUUGCCAUUAAAAGAGCUAAACGGGAAUCUAUGCAAGGUGCGCCUGAGUUCAAGGCCGAGGUUGAGCUUCUAUCAAGAGUACACCAUAAGAAUCUUGUCAGCCUUGUUGGUUUUUGUUUGGACCAAGGAGAACAAAUGUUGGUAUAUGAGUAUGUUCAAAAUGGUGAUCUACUGGAUAGUCUUUUAGGAAAGUCAGGAAUCAGGUUAGACUGGAUGAGGAGACUGAAAGUUGCUCUUGGUGCGGCAAAAGGUCUAGCAUAUCUUCAUGAACAUGCAAACCCUACCAUUAUUCACCGUGACAUCAAAUCAAACAACAUCCUACUAGAUAAAGAUCUGGAAGCAAAAGUUGCUGACUUUGGUCUCUCCAAGUCUAUGGCUGACAGUGGAAAGGAUUAUGUUACUACUCAAGUCAAAGGGACAAUGGGCUACUUGGAUCCUGAGUAUUACAUGACUCAACAGUUAACUGAGAAGAGUGAUGUAUAUAGCUUCGGUGUGGUAAUGUUGGAGCUGAUAACUGCGAGAAGGCCAAUAGAGCGAGGGAAGUACAUUGUGAGAGUGGUACAGUCGGCAAUGGAUAAGUCAAAAGAUUUGUAUAACCUUCAUGAAGUACUUGAUCCAGCCAUUGAUUUAGAAAAUGAUCAGCUGAAAGGUUUAGAAAUGUUUGUCAAUUUGGCAAUGUUGUGUGUAGACGAAUUACGGGCUAAGAGGCCUAGUAUGGGUGCAGUGGUAAAAGAGAUAGAGAAUAUAAUACAGAUUUCUGCUACUAAUUGGAACGCCGGUGCCAAUUCAGCAGCUACUUCAGCAAGUUAUGAGGAUGUGAGUAGAGAAGUUUCCAAAGAUCUUUACAGCGUCUUGGAUUAUAGUGUGGCUGUUCAAGGACGAAGAUAGAGGCUCAAUUAGUAUGAUAUAUGUAUAGUAACUUGCACAGUUAGACUAUUGAAAUUGGUAGAAUUUAGAUUGAUGUGUGAAUAUCAGUUAUGUUGGUUUGAACAAGGGAUUUGAACCUGCUGAUGUUUGUAUCAGUAUCUUAUACAUAUAUAUUCGUAAUGUCAUAUUGUUGGAACCAUAAUGGUUCCAUUAUUUACAUUUGUUUGAGACGACACAUGUUAAUUGUGGCC